GAAAACGUUUUCGAAACUGCGAGAUGGAGAGAGAGAGAGAGAGAGAGAGAGAGAGCACGUCUGUUGUUUUGAGUUUGCCUGUUCGAAAUGUGAAAGUUCAUUGUUUCAUUGAGAAAAAUGUUGAAAAGUUUUUUGGGCCGCGCCGGCGCCAAAUUAUCUAACAGUUGAGCAGUUUGCCUCGCUGUUCGAAAAUAUUCUGAAAUUCGAAAAAAUACGUUGCACGGCUGCUCAGUGAUCUCUGCGGAGGUUUCACGUUUGAACGUCUCGUACAAUUUUCACGGAAAAGCGCAAUGUGAAAGCCAAAAGAAACUAGAAAUAGCCCACGGCGUGACGUCCCAAAAAAAAAAAAUAAUAUAAAAUAAAAUAAAACACUGAACAGUAGCAAACCGAAGCGAACGCAGUUCAGAUCAGUUGAGAUCAGUUUAAAAUCAUUUCGUAGCUCAAAUGUAAAAAGGAAAAAAACAGGAAAAGUUGUACACUCUGCAGAAAAUGCUGUUAACAUUCCAAAAACAGAAACAGAAAAUAAAAACAAAAGUGUUGAACGAUUUUGCAAGCAAGUGAUUCAAAUUUAGCAGGCAGGUGGUUCAAAAAAUCCUCGAACAGCUUGAAAAAAAAAUAUAGAAAAAAUCCCCGUGUCGCGAGUGUGUGUUGAAAGUGUUGUGUGUUGUGUUGUGUGUGUGUGUGUGUGUGUCAAAUGAUGUGCCAGCUGACAUUGUGUUGGUCGUGAAUCCAACACAAAAACAAAUAUUCCGAGUGUAAAGUCGGUUGAAAGGAGCCGGAACCGGAAACGGAAACGGAACAGGGCAAGGGACCAUGCCGAUCAUUGCCGAAGCCACCAACGAUGAGCCACCAGCAAAAUGUUGCAAAUAUUGUGAGGAGUCUACGCACAGCGUGGACGGCGGACCUGCAUCGUGGCGUUUAACGCUCGAUCAGGAUCUAAUUGACACGCUCAAGGGCAACUUUCCCAGUUGGUUUCAAGGUGCAACAGGUGCGGCAACGUCAGCAGCAACAAAUACAAGCAAUAAGCCAACACAGCAGCAGCAGCAGCAGCAGCAGCGGCAACAACAGAAGUUAGUGUGCAGCAGCAUUAUACCCAUAAGCAUUGACACCAAAACAACCAACAGCAGCAACAAUACACUCCAACAACAGCAGCAACAGCAGCAGCAACAGUUGCAACAGCAGCAACAACAGACAGCAAUAUUGAGCAACUGUUGCUCGUCCGCAUCGCCCGCAUCUUCUAUAAGCUCAAAUUCUUCCAAGAAAUCCAACAGCAGCAACAGUAGCAGCAACAGCAACAGCAGCAACAUCAGCAACAGCAGCAGCUGCAGCAGCAACAGUUCCAGUUGCAGCAACAAAUCUGUUGGUGUCGCAACGGCGCAACGUUUGUUAAACAAAUCCACAUUGCCAGCAACCACAACAUCAUCGCCAAAUAAAAGUUUGACACGCACUUUAAAGGCCACACAAAAGACGCACAAUAAUAAUAACAAUAAUCAUCAUCAUCAUCAUCAUCAUAGCAAUAAUAAUAGUCCCAAGCUUGGUCAAUUGGUUAAAUCGGCAUCGUUGCACAGUCUGAGCAGUGGCAGUGGCAGCAGCGGCGCCUCAUCGCUGCUUGCCACCAUCUCCACAUCGCCGCUGACCACCGUUGAGUUCAUCUCAAGCGCCACUUGCAACGGCUUGUUUGCCACACGACUCAGUGGCAAGACAUUGGAGCACACAUUUCAGGACAUUAUACUGCUGCACGAGGCCUACGACGAUAUGUCCGAGGGUGAGCAGCGUCUGCACGCUACAUUUCUGGGCAGCAGCGAUGAUGGCAACAAUUCCGAUUGCUACGAUGCCAGACAGUCGCCGCCAAAGGCCAUUGUCGACUCCAGUCCACUGCAGCCGGCCAUGGAUAAAAAUAAAGAAUCGCUGAAAGUAAAGCUGAUGGUGCGACGACCGCACUCGCAACUUGUCGAGCAGGGCAUCAUACCAUCACUCAAAACCUCGCCUGCCAUCCACGAACAAUGCAAACAACUGGAACGGGCCAAGACGAGCGAUCUGCUAAAGGCCAAGAUACAGCAGCGUCCAAAUCGCGAAGAUUUGGAGCGUCUACACAUUCUGGAGGAGGAUGAAUGUCACAUUGAUCCGAGUCUGGCGGAGAAGCAGCGAAUGCUGAAGAAGGCGCGUCUGGCCGAUCAGCUCAACUCCCAGAUACAACAUCGCCCGGGUCCCUUGGAGCUGAUCAAGAAGAACAUUCUGCAUACGGAGAAGCCGAUUGAGAAGAUUGUGAAGGAGGGUCUAGUGCCAUUUAAGGCAACCAGUGAGGGAUUGCUGACACGACCACAGCAUCCGCAUAGCUAUGUCAGCUACGAGGAGGAUUCACAGAGCUCCGAGAGCGAUACAAGGCAAACGCCGCCCAGAUUGGAUGAGCUCAUGCCAACAGCAACUGGAGCAGCAGCAGCAACAGCAACUGCAGCAGCAGCAACAACCACUGUGCUGUCGGUGCCUACAGUGGAACCACCAAAGGAUGUGCUACAGGCGGCAGCUGCCUCAGCGGGCAUUGUCACAAUGGCACUGACCACGCCCACUUCUACGCCCACCAGCAACAAUUGUGGUCAAUUGUUGCUGAGCGUAAUGCCAACAUUACAAUUGCUAAGCAAUACAGAAGCAAUCAAUCAUAUUGUGGCGCCACCACCACCACCGCCGCCCAUGCCACUAGUUGCUGCCACGCCCACGCUGACGCCCACGCCCACGCCCAUUAAGGUCAAACAGGAGACGGCGAAUCUAUUUGAGGAGUUAUGUCAGAGUGUUGCUGGUUCCACGCCCGCCAGCAAUCAUCACAUGUUGCCAAUGCUUGCAUCACCCUGCACCACUGCCACUUUAAGUCCACUGUCUUCCAUUGCCUCGCCACCACCAGCAGCAGCAGCAGCAGCAGCAGUGGCAGCAACACGCCUGCAACUGCAACCAGUUGCUGUCAAAUCGGAUGCACCGGGCAAAGAUAAGAAUCGCAAGAAAUCGAAAUCGAAACCAGUUUCGAAAGCGCGCACCAUUAAAUUCCAUGAAUACAAGGGACCACCGAGUGCUGCUGCCGUGGGUCAAGUGGGUCAGGAGCAAUUGCAGGUGGAUCAGACCACAUCAUAUCAAUUGCUGUUGGAGCAACAGAAUUAUUUGCUCAAGUUUCUCGAAAACCUGAACAAGAAUCAAGCAAUAUUGCCGGCAGCCAGUGCAAGUGUUGCUGCCAACAGUAGCAACAACAGCAGCAGCAAUAGCAUAACAGUCACCACCAAAAGUCUGGCCACAACAGCGACGACAGCAACAGCUGCUGCUGCCAUGACGCUGCCAAAUACCAUAACUAUAAGUAGCAGCAAUGUUGCUGCGGCACCGUUAAAUUUUGGUGAUGCCAGCAGCAAUAAUAAUAGCAACAACUUGAUGUCGACGCCGCCAACGCUGUCGCUGAUUACACAGACAACAGCUGCCAGUCAACAGCAGCAGCAGCAGCAACAGUUGCAGCUGCAGCAGCAACAAUUGCAGCAGCAGCAGCAGCAACAACAGCAGCAGUUGCAGCUGCAGCAACAGCACGUACAGCAGCAGCAACAACAUCCGCCGCCAAUGGCCUCACCUGCCCUGUCCGUCAGCUCAUCAAUUCCUCCCAGUCCAGCAACAAGUUAUGCGGAAUCUACAAGUUCCAUUACGGACUUAUCGAAAUUGGAGAAAAUGAAAGUCUCCGAUUUGAAGCAACAAUUAAAGCGACGUAAUUUGCCCGUUUCCGGACCAAAGCCGCAAUUAAUCGAACGUCUUAAGCCGUAUUUACCAUUAGAAGCAAUCGAUUGCUGCACGCCAGCAACAAGUGCUGCAAGUGCAGCAGCCGCAGCAGUCGCAGCAGCAACAACUGAAGUCAUAACCAUCAGCGAUGCCAUGGACACCAGCAAUUGUGAUGCUACACCGCAGCAACAGCAACCAGUUGCCAUGUUGCUGGCGGAGGAGCACGAGCAAAUGGAUGUGGUGCAACAGCAGCAGCAACUGGACAACAAUCAUGCGCUGACAUUGCAGACAAUACUAACGCCACAGCCGCAGACAGCAACAAUCAUACAAAAUGAGGAAUUGCUGCGACGACAGCAACGUAAAAUUGAUGAAUUGCAGCGACAGCUGCAACGAUCGCAGCAGGAGUUGCAGCAGAUACGACGACAGCAGCAACAACAAACGGUAACGGCGCAAGUUGUCAAUGCAUUGCCGUCGCAACAGAUCACACUGAUCACAACAACAACAGCAACAGCGAAUGGACCACAGCAAACGUUGGCAAUGUUGCCGCAGCUGGAGAAGAGCAUACCAGCCAAGGUAACAGUGAAACCAGCAACAGCCAAGCUUAAUGGCAACAGCAAUCAAACGAAAAAACCCGCCAGCAACAGCAGCAGCAGCAGCAACAAUCACAGCAGCAAUAGCAAUAAUCAAACAACGCCAAUUAAUCAAAAAAUGGUUGUAAAACAGCAGCUGGAAGCGAAAAUACAAAAGCAAAAGGCAGCAGCUGCUGCAGCAGCAGCAAUGCAACAGCAGCAGCAGCAACAGCAACAACAGCAGCAACAACAGCAGCAACAGCAGCAGCUGCGAUUGCUACAAAAGACACAAACUGUACUCAUUCCAUCCAACAACAACACCAACAACAAUACAAAGCUGCCAGCCACGCCCACAAAAAUAUUGCAGGCAGCCAAGCCAACAGCUGCCAGCAACAGCAUCAACAACAGCAACAACAAUGUGGGACUUGUGUGGAACGAGGGCAAUCAAACAAUAUUCCUACUCGGACUCAACGAUCAACAGAUGACAGCACACACACUGGGCAACAUAAGCCUCACAGCAACAACUACCACCACAGCAGCAACACAGGCACAACCACAGCCACAACCACAACAACAACCAACAACAGUUGCUCAGAAAAAGUUGCUUAAUGGACAUCAACGCACGAAUUCAUUGCCCAGCAUUGUAUUUCCCAUAGAAGCCAAGCCGAUAUUAACACAACAGCAAUUGCAGCAGUUGCAGCUGCAACAGCAACAGUUUCAGCCAGGCCAACAGCUGUUGCUGGACAUAAAACCCACGACAACAGCAGCAACAACAACAGCAACAGCACCACCGCCACAAUAUGAGGAGGCCACUAAACAGUUGGCGGCGUGUAAAGCAGCUGCUGCUGCCGGCAGCAACAUGCCGCUAAUGAAGAUCAAAGAGGAGCCAGCAGUAACAGCAGCAACGGCAACAAUUGCCACUACAACAGCAACAACAGUUAAUCAAAUGUCAGCUAAAACCAAUGGCAUUAAAUCGGAGCAAGUAAGCGAUGUUUUGGAUAUAUUAAUUAAACAAGGCGAAUUGCCAGAGAGUGCUGCCUUGGAACCGCUGCCAGAAUUAAGCAUGUUUAAUGGUGCAACAACAACAGUUGCUGCUGGCAGCAUUGUGCCCAAGCUGGAGGCGCCAGCCACGCCUCAAUCGCUGCCCAAUCUGGACAUGGCAAUGGACACCAAUGAUGGACAUGUUAAUUAUGCCAAUAGCAAUUCACAAAGUUAUAUUGAAAAUAUCAAUAUGAAUUCGCCAUUGCAACCGGAUGCGGUUAAAACCUUGGAUAUAUUCCUAGAGCAGCCAGCCAAGUGCAACAGCAAUGGCUGUGGUGUUGCUGACAGCAACAGCAACAGUCCCGCCGAUGCCAAGUUAAAUCAUUUCGAUGAAUACGAGUUGCUGGAAUUGAUGUCACAGCAGCUGGAAAUGGACAUUGGUGAUGAUUCGAACAACUAUUGUGGCAGCAAGCACAACAACAACAACAGCAGCAGCAGCAACAACAGCAACAUGCGACGCGAUCUCAAUCCCAGCUUGCAGCCAAGCAUCAAUGAAUUGCUCGACGCCAGCAACAGUCCGGAUAGUGUACUUAUCAAUAGCAAUCAUGAUGUUGAUUUCGAUGCCGACAGUUUUGUGGCACAGUUGAGUCAGCAUGUGGCCAAUAGCAACAGCAGCAACAGCAGCAGCAUACACCACAACAACAGCAACAGCAAUCUGAACAACAACAACAACAACAGUCCUUCGGAGUGUGGCAACUCAAAUGGUCAUUACAAUAGCACACCCAUGGAUGUCUGUGAUGAUUUUGAGAGCACCUUAAACUCCAUCAUGCAAGCCGUCUCACAGCCAGCAACAAUUGUUGGUCAUUCCGACUAUGGCACAGCAGCAACAGCAAGUGCUCAUUGCAACCAGGCCAUGGACAGCAGCAGCAGCAAUGGUGCUGUCGAUGCAUUCAAUGUGGCAAGUGGCGACAUCUUUGAUCUGUUCAACAUCGAUGACUACAAGAUGACCUGGGCAGCUGGCGAUUUUACUGUUUAAAUUUCAUUUAAAUAAAGCUAAACUAUAACUACAAAAAGGCA